AUGCUUCAGACAGUAUUAUUUAAAAUGUUUAAAUUCAGAUUCAGUGUUUGUAGAUCUCACCAUCUGUCUAUUCAUUGCCUGGUGCUGGUCUAAAUGUGUCUUGAUGUAGAAACAUUUUGUCCUUACCAGGUCACCUGAGCAGAGAGAGAUGAGCUGCACUGAUGCUUCAAGACAUCACUCAGUUUCCGACAUCUCUGUGAAGCAUGUCCGGCCCACUAAAAGGCAUGUUAUCUACAGAAAGACGUCACAUGACAAAGCUGUUACAAUCUACUUAGGAAAGCGAGAUUUCAUUGAUCAUGUAGAACAUGUGGAACCUGUGGAUGGUGUUGUAUUGGUGGAUCCUGAUAUUGUGAAGGAGAAAAAAGUAUAUGUGACACUCACAUGUGCUUUUCGAUAUGGGCAAGAAGAUAUUGACAUUAUGGGCCUGACUUUUCGAAGGGAUCUAUACUUUCACAGAGUACAGAUUUAUCCAUCACUAGACAAACAAGGACCUCUCACUAGCUUACAGGAAAGCCUGAUCAAUAAACUGGGGAAAAAUGCAUACCCUUUUGUGUUAACUUUUCCAGAGUAUCUGCCUUGCUCGGUCUGUCUGCAGCCAGCUCCCCAUGAAGUUGAGAAGUCCUGCGGAGUGGAUUUUGAGGUCAAAGCUUUCUCUACAGAAGAUCCGGAAGAAAGGAUUCUCAAGAGACAUUCUGUACGCCUGCUGAUACGCAAAGUCCAAUAUGCUCCAGAAGAACCAGGGCCCCAGCCUCAUGCAGAGACCACCUGGCAGUUUUUCCUGUCCAAGAAGCCAUUGCACUUGAAAGCAUGCCUCAGCAAAGAGGUGUAUUACCAUGGUGAACCAAUCCCUGUUACAGUGACAGUGAUCAAUAAUACAGAAAAAAUGGUUAAGAAGAUCAGUGUGUCAGUGGAACAAGUUGCCAAUGUGGUAUUAUACUCCAGUGACUUCUAUACCAAGACAGUGGCUCUGGAAGAGUCAGAGGAAAAGGUGCAACCAAACAGCAACCUUACAAAGACAAUGACUCUCCUUCCUUUGUUGGCAAACAAUCGAGUGAAGAAGGGCAUAGCGCUAGAUGGGAAACUGAAGGAUGAGGACACUAACCUGGCUUCUAGUACUAUUAUAAAAGAUGGAAUAGACAGGACAGUUCUAGGGAUCCUGGUUGCUUACAGGAUCAAGGUGAAGCUUACUGUCUCAGGCCUGCUAGGAGAUUUCACUUCCAGUGAGGUGAGCAUGGAGUUGCCCUUCCGUCUCAUGCACCCCAUGCAAGAGGAGACUGACGCAGCAGAAAAGGAAAGUGGCCAAGAUGACCUGGUGUUUGAGGAGUUUGCUCGUCAGCAACUGAAAGAUGAAGCCUCUGCAGAAGACAGCAAAAUGGAGUGUCCACAUACUGAAUGAAAGAGGAGAAAGGGACCAAGUUAGCAGAGGCCAUAACUUUCGUAUUUAUUAAGAAAUAGAAUAGUUAAAUUGA